AUGUCUGGCUCACUUCAGCCAAAAGACGAAACGGUUACACGUUUCGAUCCCCACUAUGUCGUGUCUCACAUCGCUGUACAAAAGUUUGUUUUACUGAACUACAACCGCUACCGCCCGCGCGUUGGCUCCAACGUGACUUUGAGAUUUCUGCUGAGUGACUGUUGUUGUGGCCGCCGUCGUCGUAAUUUUUUUUGCCCGGUGAUUAUGGAGGCACACUUUGACUCACCGGAUUUAGUCGAGAACCCAAUUAGCAUACGUCUGCCAGACUACAAUCCAGGCAACCCAAGGGUAUGGUUUCACCAGGUGGAGGCCGUUUUUGCUACCCGACGCAUCACUUCCCAAGCCACCCGGUUUUCCUAUAUUGUCCAGCAUCUUCCUUGUGAUGUAGCAACAAGAGUUGAAGAUCUGUUGGAAGAUAUUCCUAAGGAAAAUCCGUAUGACGCCCUUCGAGCGGCCGUCAUAAGUCGGAUAGGGAAAUCAGAAGACAAAAUGCUGCCGGAUUUAUUCACCACCGUCGAACUUGGGGACAGAUCGCCAUCGCAACUGUUGCGAGUCUUCUCAAAUGCCGUGAAGGAUGAAAACGAUACACCCACAAAUUUCUCAAAGAAAGCCACUCCCGAAGCCAUAGCAGACGAAGUUCAAAGCCGAAUGUGCGCCAAUAAUUUUCAAAUGACACCGAUUAAAACAAAUCGCAAAAAAUGA